AGUGUAAAAAUAAGCAGUUUUGUAAUGUACAUCAAGAGAUGAGGCUGAUUUGGGUUUGCUUUAGGGCAUGCCUUUAUGGUGGCGCGUAUCGUGACGUUCAGAUUGGCCGUUGUCGUCGCGGCAUCGAUAUAGUGAUUGCUACGCCAGGACGUUUGAAUGAUCUGAUCGACGAC